UUUUUAACUACUUAAAACAAUAUGCUGUUAUGUUCAAUGAAUGCACCACAUUUCUUUGCUUGGAUGACAAGUCAAAAGUUGAUUUUGGGGAACCUGGGACGGCAAUAUCAACAGGAGUUCGAGGCAAAAUCCAUUGUGCCAUGUUCAUCAGUAUUAGGGGCGCUUGAUCAUGAUGUAGGCUCAAAAGGGUCCUUAACACCAUCGGUAUGUUUGCGUAUAGAUAUUCCGAAUGAUGCAACUGAAAGUUUUUACAGAGGACAAGUACAUGCUACUUUGAAGGACAAUAUUUUUCAACCUUCUUCACCAUUUAGGCAUGCCACUGAAUUGAUGAAAAUUUUGAAACCCACCAAUGAGGACAGUCUAAAUCCAUAUUUACUUCUUUUCACAGAUGGCGGUCCAGAUCAUCGGACUACUUAUUCAGCAGUGAAACUAUCCCUGAUUAUCUUGUUCAAACUCUUGGACUUAGACAUAGUAAUUGCUGCUAGAACUGCACCAGGUCACUCCUGGGUUAACCCAGCAGAGAGAAUUAUGAGUCUGUUAAAUCUUGCAUACCAGAAUGUGGCACUUUAUAGAUCUGAAAUGAGUAGUCAUAAUGAACAGAUGCUUAAGUCCUGUGGAUCUAUGUCUGAUAUUCGAAAAAAGGCAGAGAAUGAAGCUCACUUAAAAAAAUCCUGGUUGAAAGCUGUGGAACCCAUGAUAAAUCUGUUGGAUGAAAGGACCGAGCGUAUACAGCUAAAAGAGAAAUCUUUCAAGAGGGGUGUUCCAGCAACAGAUGAAGAAAUUUCUGACUUCGAAUUAAAUGUACGUCGGUUAGUGGACCCAGAUAUAACAGUACGGAAAUACACAAAGAAUGAUCUAAAGAACAAUGAUGGAUACAAAGAGUUUAUGAACAAACACUGUCAUGAGAGAAACUAUAUCUUUCAGGAAAUAAUAUGGAUUCAGUGUGAGGAAAUGUCAUGAAGCUACCUGUUGCCCACCAUUCAGAAACAAUAUAGGACAAGUACCCCAUUUCUUGCCAGAUCCUGAGAUUAAGCCAGACGACCGAGAUCAUAAUAAGCCAUUCAGUGAUGUUCUUGGGAAGAAGACAUCAGAAACUGACAUGCCAUCUGG